AUGGCUUUAAGAGAUCCAGCAACGGAACAAUUAAGUAAUUAUAAAAAAAAUCAUCCAAAACCUGAAGUUUUAGUUACGGGUCAUGGAGCUCCCAUUGAUGAUAAAUUGAAUAGUUUAAGCAUAGGACCUCGCGGGCCUUUACUUCUUCAAGAUGUAACUUAUAUUGAUGAAAUAGCUCAUUUUGAUAGAGAAAGAAUUCCCGAACGUGUCGUUCAUGCUAAAGGAGCUGGUGCUUUUGGAUAUUUUGAAGUGACCCAUGAUAUUCGAAAAUAUUGUAGGGCUAGUGUUUUUUCAGAAAUUGGUAAAAAAACUCCCGUUGCCGUUAGAUUUUCUACUGUUGGAGGUGAAAGUGGAUCUGCCGACACGGUUAGAGAUCCUAGAGGAUUCGCUGUUAAAUUUUAUACAGAUGAAGGAAAUUGGGAUUUAGUCGGGAAUAACACUCCAAUUUUUUUUAUAAGAGAUCCAUUGCUUUUUCCAAGUUUUAUUCACACUCAAAAAAGAAAUCCUGCUACUCAUUUAAAAGAUCCCGAUAUGUUUUGGGAUUUUAUUACUCUCAGACCUGAAACAACGCAUCAGGUAAUGAUAUUAUUUUCUGAUAGAGGAAUACCUGAUGGUUACAGACACAUGAACGGUUAUGGCUCUCAUACUUUUAAAUUGGUCAAUGAUAAAUACGAAGCUGUGUAUUGUAAAUUUCAUUUAAAAACGGAUCAAGGUAUCAAAAAUUGUCUUCCAUCGAAAGCUAAUCAAUUAUCAGCGGAUGAUCCAGAUUAUGCUAUCAGAGAUUUAUACAAUGCUAUUGAAAAUGGUCAAUAUCCAUCGUGGAGUUUUUACAUACAAGUGAUGACAUUCGAACAAGCAGAAAGAUUUAAAUACAAUCCAUUUGAUCUAACUAAAAUUUGGCCACAUUCUGAAUAUCCUCUCAUUCCAGUAGGAAAAUUAGUACUUAAUCGUAAUCCUAAAAAUUAUUUUGCUGAAGUCGAACAAAUUGCAUUUAGUCCUUCGCACCUUGUACCUGGAAUAGAACCAAGUCCUGAUAAAAUGUUGCAAGGAAGAUUGUUUUCAUAUGCUGACACUCACAGACAUAGACUUGGAGCAAAUUAUUUACAAUUACCCGUCAAUUGCCCCUACAGAACAACCGUUGCCAAUUAUCAAAGAGAUGGACCUCAGAACUAUGGUAACAAUCAAGAUGGAGCUCCAAAUUAUUUUCCUAACAGUUUCAAUGGACCUAUGGAUGAUAAAAAGCAAGUUCAACAUGUAUUCAAAGCCACUGGUGAUGUUGCAAGAUAUAAUUCUUCAAAUGAAGAUAAUUUUUCACAAGCAAAUGAUUUAUGGAGCAAAGUUUUGAAUGAUGAAGAAAGAGAAAGGCUUGUUUCAAAUAUUGCUGACCAUCUUAAAAGUGCAUCUGGUUUCAUUCAAGACAGAGCUAUUAAAAACUUUUCAUCUGUUAAUGCUGCCAUGGGACAUCAUUUUAAAUAA